UUCAUCAACAACGUCAAGGCUAACAUUAUCAAUACAAAAAAUGCCUUACCAGCUCAAAGAAACUUUGUUGACGGAGUACUUCAGAAUGGAAGGUCAACUAACAUGGAACCUAGCAAUAAUGGAAUGAACGUUCUCGGUCGAAAACAUCAUGACGGUGAAAGAGGGCAUAAAAUCAUAGGACAUCUGAUUCUUCCACAUAAUCAUCGUUCAAAUAGCCAGGAUGAUAAUAUUGGAUCAACAAUCGAUGGAUCAGAACGUCUGGAUUCACAAAAUGCAGAAAAAGGAUUAACGAAUCCAACUACAGGAUCUGGAACACAAAGAAUGCCAUUAUUGGAACGAAUGAAAACACUAAAUCCUACCGAAAUGAUAGAAAGGCUCAAAUCCAGAAGUUCACUAAAUUUGCAAAGACCAUCUGAGGAUAUGAAUCAUCUUGAAAAUACUGAUACCCGACUGGGAUCAGAGUUAGAAGAAAACGAAAGUAGUGGUGCGAGGUCACAUAAAAAAAUCAACACACACAACCAAGGACCUUAUAAAGAACAUGAGAAAGGGCAUUAUCCUGGACAUGACAAAAAGCAUCAUCCAUGGCAAGGGCAUGGACAAGACCAUCAUCCAGGGCAUGGACAAGACCAUCAUCAAGGCCAUAUUAUGCAAGGGCAUAGAAAGGGCCACCGAGGGGUUUGGCCCACGCACCGAUCAAGUGAGCUUGAAAACACAGAAACAAAUAAUUCGUCCCGAGAGAGCACGAUGGUGGUAAAUCCAGGGUUUGAAAAUGAAAUGCUGGGCGAGUCUAUGAACUUUACUGGAUCAGGAAUUGAAGGUUCCAAAAAUUUUUCGGAAGGAUCUACCCCAAGUAACUCCGAAGGAGCUUUGGAGACGCAGGCAAGGGAGGAUGAAAUUCCCAUAAAGUUCAAUGUUGGUGCCAGAGCCAACGAAUUAAUUCAACAGCUGAAGGAGAGGCAAGAGAUGAGGAAAGCUAAUUUGAAGUCAGCUUUGCAGACCUCGCGCAGUAGUUUAAGUGAUUCUGUGAAGCCUUUGGAAGGAAUGGUUGCGACUACAGAAAAUUCUGGCGGGCAACCAAACUCCGUAACCAAAGAAAUGGGUAAACCUGUCGGAAAGCCUGAAGUGAACAACUUCGAAAAUGCCGAGGCAGCUCUGGAGAAAGUCAGAGACCUCAGUAAUGGUCUUCAAGAAAUAACAGUAACCAAUAAACCAUCUCAAAUUGAAGUAGAUGUUACCACACCCAAAGUGAUCAGUGAUAUAGAGAAACAGGGGGUGAACACUAUCGAAGACGACUCUGUGAAGCUCAUUGUUGAGCCAAACAUUCUGAAAAGCCAACCUCUGGAUGAUAGUUUCGAACGAAUCCAACCAACCACUUCACUUUUUGGUACUUUUUCACGAAGAAAGAACUCUGAACAAGAAACGAAACAAAUGGUUGGAGAUCCCUACGUUGGAUCUGCCAACCCAGUAAAUGUCUUGAAAGAGCAGAACCAAAAUGAAUUUAUGGGAUUUGAAACGGUCGGUGAUACCAACCCAGCCGUGGUCACUCGUGGCAAGUUUGAAAACGACCCAAAUGCUUUUUCAAACUCCAUGGGAGCCAUCGUACCCGCAGAGAACCCAACAGAUGCGUCUUUCCAUCAAAAACCUUCAGACGUAUACUUUUUAGGCAACGGAAUCAAGCUGCCUUUGAAAAUGGUGAAGGACAACAAGGGGGUUAUGCAUCUCUCAGUUGAUCUGGAUAAGCUUUGCUCUUGCAAUAAUAUUACGUGUCCGAAAAACCACACGGUAUUGGAAAAAGCCGUUGAAACAAUAUUGGAGAAUGAAACAGAACUGAAGGAAAAAUUGGAACCAAUAAAGUCUGCCGGUAAUGAACCCCGUAACGGCAAUUAUGAAGACAUGACUGUGGGUAUGGCUUUACCACAGGGUAUGCUCGAAGAUGAAUCAUCUAUUCGACAACAGGAAAUGCAAUCAAGAAUGAGAGGAUUCGAGGAUGAGACGGCUUUGGAAAGUUCUCCAGGGGUUAGCACAUCUCAUCGAAAUGAACGAGAUACGGUUGAAAAAGAAAAAUUCCCAUCUAGAAACAAGAUAACCGAUAGUUUUGAUUCGAUGGAGCUUCAGAGAGAUAAUGCUGGCAUUUUAAAGAGAUCGCCGGAAGUCAAAUCUGCGAAAAUUUCGCCUAAUAGUCUGUCAAUUUCAGAUAACCCUUCUGUGCGGACUUCACGGAAUUUCGAAAACAAACAGAAAAACAACACCUAUCUUUUGAAAGAAAUACAUAUGGAUGACGGUUCCAAUAUUAGCGAAACAACAAAAACUACUCCUUCUGAGACUACCACCAAAGCAGUAAUCAUCAAAAAUUCAAGUUUAGAACCAAACUAUCUCCAAGAUUUCAUGAAUAAAAGGCUGGACGAUAUUAGAUCAAAAUUAAACAUAAGAAACGAUGAAAUGAAGAAGGACUUGACUUUUCCAGAAUAUUUUUUCAAAAACUUAUGGACUGCUGGAAAACAACAGGCGGAGAAAAUAUUACCUAAUUUCAACGUCGAUAAUACUUCCCCAACUUUGGGUUCCAGAAUCGGGAGCCUAUUGGAUAAAACAGCAGCGGCCAAUGACGAGAUGUACGAGAAUUUAGCAUUGAUCAAUAAACCUUACAAAUUCAAGACUCUGGAAAAUCAAUUGAAGACCAAUUUGGCACAUAUUGGUACUACCGUUGAUGAUUACAAUAAAAAAGACGAAGAGAUUUUGAAAGAGGAAGUUGCUGCUUUGGAGAAAAUUAACGAGAAUCCUGUGGUCAAGAAAGAAGUUGGUAUCGUUAGUAAUAUACUAAAAUUUUUCAAGGGACUAGCAUCUGAUAAGAAUAAAAACAAAUAAGGGUUUCCUAAUUUUGUACUUUUUAUACUUUUGUAGUUUUAAUAAAGAAAUGAACGAUUGAAAAAAA